CGGUGCCGCUGCGGCUGCGGCUGCGGCGGGUCCGGCGCUCAUUCCCCCGCCGGCGCAGGAGGGCAGCUCGGCUCCUCGUGGCGGCGCGCUCCGGCCGGGCCAUGCCGUCCUACACCGUCACCGUGGCCACCGGCUCCCAGUGGUUCGCGGGCACCGAUGACUACAUCUACCUGAGCCUGGAGGGCGCCGCGGGCUGCAGCGAGAGACACCUGCUGGACAAGCCCUUCUACAACGACUUCGAGCGGGGCGCGAUCGACUCCUACGAUGUGACUGUGGCAGAAGACCUGGGAGAAAUCCAGCUGCUAAAAAUUGAGAAGCGAAAGUACUGGGUUCAUGACGACUGGUACCUCAAGUACAUCACUGUGAAAACGCCAGUAGGUGACCAUCUGGAAUUCCCAUGUUACAGAUGGAUUACAGAGGAUAAAGAAAUUGUCCUCCGAGAUGGAAGAGCAAAGCUGCACCGGGAUGACAAGACUCAGAUCCUCAAGCAGCACAGACGCAAAGAACUUGAAGAACGGCAAAAAAUGUAUCGAUGGAAGGAAUGGCAUCCCGGCUUUCCUUUAAGCAUCGAUGCGAAUUCUCACAGUGACUUGCCUCGUGACAUCCAGUUUGACAGUGAGAAAGGAGUCGAUUUCGUUCUGAACUACUCCAAAGCAAUGGAGAAUCUCUAUGUCAACCGGUUCAUGCACAUGUUCCAGUCCUCCUGGAGUGACUUUGCAGAUUUCGAGAAGAUCUUUGUCCGAAUCAGCAAUACAAUCUCUGAAUAUGUGAUGCAGCACUGGCAGGAAGAUUUUAUGUUUGGAUACCAGUUCCUGAAUGGAUGCAAUCCUGUAAUGAUCAAAAGAUGCAGAGAGCUACCCAAAAAGCUUCCAGUUACCACCGAUAUGGUAGAAUGCAGCCUGGAAAGAAACCUGACUCUGGAAGAGGAAAUAAAGCAAGGGAACAUUUUUCUAGUGGACUAUGAACUGCUCGAUGGUGUUGAUGCCAACAAAACAGACCCUUGCACAUUACAGUACCUGUCUGCACCCAUCUGCUUACUGUAUAAGAACCUGGAGAAUAAAAUAGUUCCCAUUGCUAUCCAGAUCAAUCAAACCCCUGGACCAGACAAUCCCAUUUUCCUCCCAUCAGAUGACAAAUACGACUGGUUACUGGCCAAAAUUUGGGUUCGCUCAUCGGAUUUCCACAUGCAUCAGACGGUGACCCAUCUUCUGCGGACACACUUAAUUUCAGAAGUGUUUGGUAUAGCCAUGUUCCGGCAGCUGCCUGCUGUGCACCCCCUUUUCAAGCUCCUGGUACCCCAUGUGCGCUUCACAAUAGCCAUCAACACCAAAGCCCGAGAGCAGCUCAUCUGUGAAUGUGGUCUCUUUGACAAGGCAAAUGCCACUGGCGGAGGUGGACAUGUGCAGAUGGUCCAGCGAGCAACAAAAGAACUUACCUACAGUUCCCUCUGCUUCCCAAUGGAAAUCAAAGCCAAAGGGAUGGACAGCAAGGAAGAUAUUCCAUAUUACUACUAUCGGGAUGAUGGCAUCAAAGUCUGGGAGGCAAUCAAGAGCUUCACGAUGGACGUGAUUGACAUCUACUACAAGAGCGAUGAUGUCGUGUGUGAGGACAUCGAGCUCCAGGCCUUCGUCAAGGACGUCUAUGUCUAUGGAAUGAAAGGCAACAAGUCUUCAGGAUUUCCAAAGACAAUCAAGACCCGCGAGAAGCUAUCGGAAUAUCUCACUGUGGCAAUAUUCACGGCGUCAGCACAGCAUGCGGCUGUGAAUUUUGGUCAGUAUGACUGGUGUUCCUGGAUUCCCAACUCCCCUCCGACCAUGCGGCAGCCUCCCCCUACACAAAAGGGGACAGUCACAAUUGAGCACAUUGUCGAGAGCUUGCCAGACAGAGGUCGCUCUUGUUGGCAUCUUGGAGCAGUCUGGGCCUUAAGCCAGUUCCAGGAGAACGAACUGUUCCUGGGCAUGUACCCAGAUGAGCACUUCGUAGAGAAGCCGGUGAAGCAGGCCAUGAUGAAAUUCUGCAAGGACCUUGAUGAGAUCGUCAGCGUCAUCACUGAACGGAACAAGAACAAAAAACUACCUUACUAUUACCUUUCCCCAAACCGCAUCCCCAACAGCGUCGCUGUCUGAGCAGAGCUCCAUGAGAGGCUGAAGGUUUGGAAAGCUCCAUGACACGCAUCACCUGUGAGCA